AUGUUAUCAGCAAAAAGUCCGCCCGACCCGCCCGGUCAGCCGUCAGUCGCGCUGUUGGCGAGGGCUCAGGGCUUAGAGAUCUCAUGGUCCCAGUGCUCGUACGACGGGGGCAGUCGUGUGACGGGCUAUACCAUAGAGACCAGAAUCGAUGGCAGCGACGAUUGGAUUACUAUAACUGAUGAUCACAUUUGCAAUUCCUAUACAUUGAAAGACAUUACCGUAAACUCCAUUUACUCGUUCCGUAUCAGUGCUACCAAUGGCUACGGCACCAGUAUGUGGAGUCAGCCCUCCGAACCCUUCCACUAUAAACCGCACACUAAUAGCGAUAAUAAUAUUGAGUUUGCGAUCAAUUAUUUAGAGAGCGACAGAGAUAUCGAGCGCCGGGAUGUAGUGGUCGAGAAAGACGUGAAUUUCAAUGAGAUCUAUAGUCUCAAAGAAGAGGUGGGCAGGGGUCGUUUCGGUCUCUGCAAAAGAGUUAUCCAAUUGUCUAAUAAUAAAGAAAAAGCGGCGAAAAUAAUACGUUGUUUGAGGCCUAAGGACAGGGAGCAGGUGUACAGAGAAAUAGACAUUAUGAAUAAGUUACGGCACCGGCAUAUCCUACAGCUGGACGGCGCCUACGAUAUCUCUGGAGGGGAACUGUUUGAGCGGAUAGUGGCCGACGACUGUCUAGUCCUCACAGAAUACGAAUGUCUUCUAUUCAUGAGACAGAUCUGCGAAGCCGUGUCUUAUAUGCACCGCAAGAAUAUAAUGCAUUUGGAUUUGAAACCGGAAAACAUAUUAUGCAAAACGCGCACCAGUUAUGAGAUUAAGAUCAUCGACUUCGGACUGGCCCGACCCUACGACAGCACCGAGACCCUCAAGAUCUUGUUCGGCACUCCGGAGUUCGUGGCGCCGGAGAUCGUCAACUACGAGGCCGUCACACCCGCCUCCGACAUGUGGUCAGUCGGAGUCAUUUGUUACGUACUUCUGAGCGGAUUAUCGCCAUUCAUGGAUGAAACCGACGCCAAGACGUUAUGUAAUGUCACUCAAGCGGAGUACGACUUCGAGGACGAGGCCUUCGACACCAUCACAGAUGAGGCCAAACGAUUCAUAUCGUCAUUACUGGUGAAGAAACCAGAGUUCGUGUCAUUUGUGAAACACUAUUCAUAA